AUGGAGCAUGAGGCCAUAAUUGGUGGUUUUAAAUGCCUUUACUGGCUUGUCAAGCACGAGAUUGCACACCACACCAACUACCCUGCAUUGCUUGAUCUGGCAGACCUUCUAGGUUGCGAAUAUUUUUCCAAAUUGAGGAUUGAUCAAAGAACCAACUACAGGUCCCACAAAAUUGUGGACGACAUGCUGCAGAUUUUGGCCGAAGUGGUGGACGAGCCCAUUUCAGCAGCAAUCAAAACCUCAAAGGCUGUAGGCCUGGAAAUAGAUGAGUCCACAGACAUUUCAGUCUUAAAACAACUGGACAUUCAUGUCAGGUAUACUGACAAAGAAGGGCAGCUCUUCUGCCAGUUCCUGGAUCUGGUAUCCAUACCAGAUGGCAUGGCAAGAACCAUUGCCGAGGCAGUGAAGGAAGUCAUUAUAGAAAAGGGAAUUCCUCAGGAUCGGAUUUAUGGCCUUGGCACGGACGGAGCAGCAAUCAUGACCGGAAAACAUAAUGGCACAGCCAAAUUACUGGCCGACACCUGGCCAGGAUUAGUGACAGUGCAUUGUGCUGCUCAUCGCCUCGCCCUCGCUUGCAAGGAUGCUGCAGAUGGAGUGCCCUACAUGAAGACCUUCAGAAAGCACCUGCAAGAUCUUCAUCUUUAUUUUAGGAAUAGUGCAAACCGCACUAGUGCCCUCAAAGCAGCUGCCAGUGUUCUCCAAGUAGCCGCCCUCAAAGUGACAGUAAGAGAAACAACUUAA